UUGUCUAGUGAGUGUUGCCAUACAAAGACUGACUAUCGCCUAGAUAUGGUUUUUGGCCUUCUUAGCAAGGUGUAGGACUACCUAAGGAAUGCAUAAAAGGUAUGGUAGGGUACCAGUUCUCUGUACUAUACGCAUACUACUAGUAUUUUUGAUGACGGGAAGUUGUUCAAAUAUUCACGGGUAUGUGGAGUGUUUGUCGUAUUUGAUUGAUGUAUGGGAGAUUGUCAUCCUCGUGAUCAUCCUCUAUACCGAUCUCUCUACUUCGUGGGCCCUCCGCCAGUACUGCAGUAUGCUGACCUGUAGUGCAAUGAUCCAUGGAACCCUAGAUGAAAGCAAAAUCAGAUAUGGAUCUGAGAGGGAAAUAGGACAUGGGGAUGACGGAAGCCUAGUGGAUUUGACGAGAUAUGGAGGACAGGGAUAUCCCAUCCAAUGGCAUCCCUCUUUAUCCUAUUCUUCCCCCGCCCCCCGGGUUGGAUUAAUAUAAUCGGAAUCCGAGCGCAACCCCACCACCACCGCCGUUCUCCCUUCCAGACCUCGAGGCUCUCACAGCCUGGCCUCAAUGUCGACUAGCAUGUCCGGAGUCCGUGACGUCCGAUGUUAGUGUCGUUACAUUGCAUAUGCAGCAUGGGUGCUUCUUUUCCUUAUCGUCCAAGUACUCUGAUUCCCAUUCGGCGUGGUUGCCUAGUCACUUCUUUUCUUGGUUUCAGUUCGCUAAUC